AUGAGGCAGACGAUUUUUGAAUUCUGUGGCUUUACCGCUCAUUGUGUCUUUGAGAUUGGUGUGCCUAGUAAACUCUCAUUUCACAUCGGCCGCAUCCAUCUGACGGAUGAUUCGGAGUAUACUCAGAAAUUUAACGCCGAAGAUGUAAUACUCCAUCCCGACUUCAAGGGAACUAGAAUUGAUAACGAUAUUGCUCUGAUUAAGCUGGCGGGCAAAAUCAAGCUCACGAAGUCAGUAGCGGUCCGGGUAAAAUCAUCGGCAAGAACGGAACGAUCGUUGGGUUUGGCUUCACCGAAGCAAAAGCUGUAUCGAAAGAAAACGCUGGAGCAAACGUUAGUGGAUGUGGUCGAUGCGUUGACAUGCAUAUCUAGUGAUUGCGAUGUACUUGGAAUUCAGCUUACUACAAAUAUGAUCUGUGCAAGGGGUCAGGAAGGUGCGUGCAGCGGAGAUAGUGGUGGUGGUAUGUUCUUUAAAAUUAAAGACAGCUGGUUAGUACGAGGUAUCGCUUCGUUUACUACACGAAAAAUCAUAGACGGACUUUGCGAUCCUUCGGUGUACACCGUGUAUACAGACAGAGCGAAAUAUAUGGCCUGGAUUGCCGAUGCCCGUCUUUACAAUCGUUAA